GUCUCAAUCUCUGUGAACAGUCGUCAUCUGAAAUCAUUGAAAAUAAAUAGACAGCAAAUUCAGAAUCUGUUUGACAAGAAUUUUUGAUUGCAGCUAGCUUUUGUCACUUAGACACUGCGUUUCGCUAUUUUAGCCUCUCUUAAGGGGCAAAAAAAUCCUCUACCUUUUUAUCUCCAUCAUCGUUGGUUAGGAACCAAGAUCAGUAAAAUACUUAUGAUAUUUUAGAAACCUUGGUUAUGAGCCUCUGAUAAUCGCGAAAUUUGAAACAUUAGCGCAAUUUUACAAGCGUAGUGAAGGGAAAGACCGGGUACCUCGCUCUGACUUGAAGUUGAACCGGAGCAGUUGAAGAAACAGCGCUGAAUGGUUUAACUUUAGUUUUUUCAAAAUUUUCAACGAACGUAUAAAAUGAGUAUGCAUGAUUACAUUUUCAAGCAGUCAUAUAAUGAAAGCACAUUAAAAAGCUUAAAAUGAAUAAACUGACAUAGUGCGCAGUUAAAAUUAAAUUUUCGUUACUUACUACUAAAAUCAGUUUUAAUGUUAAUGGGCUAUAUAAGUCUUAACACUUUUUUCCUAAUUUAGAUUGAUAAUGUUUACGUGGCUUCUGACCUGCAUCAGGCAUUAAAAGUAGUAAAAUUGCCUUCCUGUAUUAUCUGCUGGUUCACGCCUUGUAUUUGAUGGGUGUACAAAGUUCUUCAAUGUCUUAUACAGAGUUGGAACAAGGUUAUCAAGGUUUAAAGCAAUCUCGGCCAUACUUUUAUAUUGGAGAAGAUGAAUGCUCUUUGCCUCAUAAGAUGAUCAAAAAUUUUUAGUCCUAGUCGCCCCUGUAUCUGUUGCAUUCCAGCCCCAUUACCCCAGACUGCUGCGCUUGUUUCUUAUCCAUGGACAGUGAAAAAAAUACAGAUGACGAUGACUUGUCUGAAGGCAAACAAGUUAUUGUUGGUAUUUGUGCCAUGUCUAAAAAAUCACAGUCUAAGCCCAUGAAGGAAAUACUAACUCGCCUUGAGGAAUUUGAAUACUUGAAAACUAUCGUAUUUCCUGAAGAUGUCAUACUGAAUGAACCUGUAGAAAAAUGGCCUUUAUGUGAUUGCCUUAUUUCAUUCCAUUCUAAAGGUUUUCCUUUGGCAAAAGCUGUGGAGUAUGCAAAUUUGAGAAAGCCAUUUAUUAUUAAUGAUUUGUUCAUGCAAUAUGAUAUCCAAGACAGACGAAAAGUUUAUAGUAUUUUACAAAGUGAAGGGAUAGAACUUCCAAGAUAUGCUGUAUUGGAUAGAGAAUCGAAUCAUCCUUCUGAAUUGGUAGAGGGGGAGGAUCACGUGGAAGUAGAUGGAGUCAUAUUUAAUAAACCAUUUGUGGAAAAGCCAAUAUCUGCUGAAGAUCAUAAUAUUUACAUUUAUUAUCCCACAUCUGCUGGUGGUGGCAGCCAAAGAUUAUUUAGAAAGAUUGGUAGCAGGAGUAGUGUUUAUUCACCAGAAAGCAGAGUAAGAAAAACUGGUUCAUUUAUUUAUGAAGAGUUUAUGCCAACAGAUGGCACUGAUGUGAAAGUAUAUACAGUUGGGCCUGAUUAUGCUCAUGCAGAAGCAAGAAAGUCACCUGCAUUAGAUGGAAAAGUUGAAAGAGAUAAAGAAGGCAAAGAAGUUCGAUAUCCUGUGAUUUUAAGUAAUGCAGAAAAGCUCAUUGCUAGAAAAGUGUGCUUAGCAUUUAAACAAACUGUGUGUGGUUUCGAUCUUUUGAGAGCAAAUGGAAAAUCAUAUGUUUGUGAUGUGAAUGGAUUCAGCUUUGUGAAAAAUUCUAUGAAAUAUUAUGAUGAUUGCUCAAAAAUUUUGGGAAAUAUGAUUCUUCGUGAACUUACGCCUCAACUUCAUAUACCAUGGUCCAUGCCUUUUCAGUUAGAUGAUCCUCCAAUAGUUCCUACUACAUUUGGUAAAAUGAUGGAGUUACGUUGUGUGAUUGCUGUUAUACGUCAUGGAGACAGAACACCUAAACAGAAAAUGAAAAUGGAAGUCAAGCAUGAGAAGUUUUUUGAGAUUUUUGAGAAGUAUGGUGGCUAUAAGGAUGGACAUGUAAAGUUAAAAAAGCCUAAACAAUUACAAGAAAUUUUAGAUAUAUCCAGAUUUUUACUGAAUGAAAUUGAAUUAAAGCCUGAACUUGAAAUAGAAGAAAAUAAAGCAAAAUUAGAGCAGCUCAAAGCAGUUCUGGAAAUGUAUGGGCAUUUCUCUGGAAUAAACAGGAAAGUUCAGUUAAAGUAUCAACCUCAUGGCAGACCUAGGCGUUCAAGUAGUGAAGAAGAUACUCCUCGAGAACCUUCCCUGGUCCUUAUCUUGAAAUGGGGUGGAGAGCUUACACCUGCUGGAAGAGUCCAAGCUGAAGAAUUAGGACGUGUCUUUCGAUGUAUGUACCCAGGUGGACAAGGUAUGCUGUACUUGCUUGGCCGCAGGCAAUAAUGUUAUUUUUCCUUC